GCUGCCUCCAUCGCCAAGGGAUCUGUCGGCAUCGCAUUUCUGCCGAUCUCGCCUGCCGAUCUCGCCUGUCCAUCCUAUCGAUCCUGCUUCAGUCUUGUCGAUCUCGUUCUCCGCCCUGUCGAUCGCUCCCCCCCCCACCUCUUCUUCCCCAGCAUUCAUCGCACUCUGUCAUGACAACUCCCGAGGAGCAGACCAUCGUCGAGCUUCUGAACGAGCGAAACCGACUGCUGCUCGAGCUCAAGACAAAAAACCCAACCAUUCUGCCGAGCGUCCUGGGCUCCAGUUGGUUCCAAGAUGGCUCGGCUGGACAGCGAGAAUCGUCUCUGAGCCGGCGUUCGUCGGUGCACAGCAUGGACAUGUCGCCUCUCCAGCCGCAGCGCACCGACUACCAGCUGCAGCCUCCGCCAAACCAGGCCCAGUUCACAGUUCCGCCACCACCACCCCAGGCCGGAUCGGUGCCCUUCUGGCCCCCUGCCGGUGUGUUGGCUCCCCGGGCACAAGGCACAUUCUUGAUCCAUUCCGCUGGAUCUUCGACCUCGGGGGUCACUCUGGAGGCCAUUCCCACCCCGUACUUGGUCAGCGGCCAUGAGAGCCUUGAUCGCCACCCACACGCCCAUCUCCGCCAGCUCCCGCCGGACUAUUCGUCUCACCGAUACUCCUAUCCGAUUGCCGGCGACCUUGCGUAUUCGCCGUAUUCAUCGCCGAACCAACGCGCCUCCAUCUGGCCGCCACAAUACGCCGUCUCGGACAGUGGGGUCGAGACCGGUAACUAUAUCGUGGCAACCGAUUCGCAGAAAAGCCAGUCGCUCUCGCCGUCGCCCGAAUCGCCCCUGGUCACCGACACAAGCCUGGAAAUCCGAGAUGCCUCGUCCAGUGAUCGCGGCGAGCUCAGGAGCAGCCGACUUGCACAUCCCAAGGAAUCGUCCACAAGCACCGCUCGCAAGCGACGAGACGCCGAGCACUUGCGGCGGAUUACCCUCAACAAUGGCUUUUCAGAACUGGCGAAGCUGCUGCCCAACAUUGACGACCGCAAUCCAACCAAGCUCAUGAUUCUGAGGAAAGCCUGUGAAUACAUCAUGGACCUGGAAGACCGGCUACGCGAGCAAAACGCCUCAACAAGCGAUUCGCAGAUCUCGAAGGCAAAGUAGCCUUAAGAGUUGCUACCGCCAUGUGGUGCUGCUGCCCCGGGCUUGUAUCAGCCCUUCAACCUCCUCCAAC